CUACUCUGUUUUAAUUUGGUUUCGCUAAACUAUAAAGAAAUUCUUGCUUUUGUUUCCUAGCCAAUGUUCCCCGCGAGCAAACCGGGACGACCAGUCUGACUCUACGUUUUCCCCCAUUGCAUCGUGAUGGUUGGCGCAGGGCGGGGCAUCUUUUCAGUGACGUACGGGGCGGGGCUUUCCGGGGGCGGAGCCUUGCUGGGGUCGGGGAGGGGAGGAGGGCAAGAUGGCAGCCGGCGAGUGAUUCUCCCUGGGUUCCUUCAGGGCUGAGGAGACGCCGGGGCGGGGGACCCGCUCGUGCAGCCUGCUGGCCUCUUCACCCCCGCCCCCGGAGGCCUCCUCUUUCCCGUCCUCCACCUCGGGGGCGGGCCAGCAUCCUCGGACACCAUGUCAGACUCUGAGGAGGAGAGCCAGGACCGGCAACUGAAAAUCGUCGUGCUGGGGGACGGCACCUCCGGGAAGACUUCCUUAGCUACGUGUUUUGCUCAAGAGACAUUUGGGAAACAGUACAAGCAGACUAUAGGACUGGAUUUCUUUUUGAGAAGGAUUACCUUACCAGGAAAUUUGAAUGUUACUCUUCAAGUUUGGGAUAUAGGAGGGCAGACAAUAGGUGGCAAGAUGUUGGAUAAAUACAUCUAUGGAGCACAGGGAAUCCUCUUGGUAUAUGAUAUUACAAACUACCAAAGCUUUGAGAAUUUGGAAGAUUGGUAUUCUGUGGUGAAGACAGUAAGCGAAGAGUCAGAAACUCAGCCCCUGGUUGCUUUAGUAGGCAAUAAAAUUGACUUGGAGCACAUGCGAACAGUAAAACCUGAUAAACACUUACGAUUUUGCCAGGAAAAUGGUUUCAGUAGUCACUUUGUUUCCGCCAAGACGGGAGACUCUGUCUUCCUGUGUUUUCAGAAAGUUGCGGCAGAAAUCCUGGGAAUCAAGUUAAACAAAGCAGAAAUAGAACAGUCACAGCGUAUUGUCAGGGCAGACAUAGUCAAGUACCCGGAAGAAGAUAAUCAACACCCCAACUCUGCUCAGAGUAGAGUCUGUUCAGUACAGUAGUGCAGAGAGUGGUGAAGGCAGAUAUUGUAAACUACAACCAGGAGCCCAUGUCAAGAACUGUUAAUCCACCUCGGAGCUCCAUGUGUGCAGUUCAGUGAGCACACACUGUAUUGAUAGUUCUGGCUGCUCUUCCCCUGGAUUGGGCCGAAGCUGCCUAGGAACAUGUUUUAUCAGUGACUGUCUCUGUAGUCAGCUCACACUUCCUCCUGCUCUGCUCCUUCAUCCCUUAGUCGCCUCAGAGUAUCGGGCAGCUCCCUGGACAGGAAGGAAUUCAGAUUUGGGACCACAUGUUUUGAAAUCUGAAUGGAAAGUCCAUUCUCUGGAUUGAGACUGCCUCCUCGCUCCAGAAGAACCAUGUUGCUUCUUUAUCUCUUCUUUUUUCCCAGAUUUAAAAAAUUUAAACAGAUAUGAAGAUGCUCCACGCUUUGAUCAUCAUUUUCUAUUUGAACUUGUGUAUGUGAACGUGUACUUGAGAGCACUGAUGGUGGAAGUUAUCAAGAAGGUGUUCCUUUGCUGGCUAUUAAGAGUAAACUAUACAAAGCUGCAUCUAAUUGAAAGUGCUUCAAAUGAGGCUGCAAUAGAAAUAUUUUUUCAUUUUUAAAAGGAGCCUAAUGUGUUUAUAUUGUAGUUUAUAACUCACAAGUACUGAGUAUUUGAUAUUGUAUUUUUAUUACUGUAUCAUGGUCAUUGCAUAUUUUAUCAUAUUUGGCUUAGAUGGCUUUAUGAAUUUUGAUAAAUGGUUCAGCUGAUCCUCCACAUGGAAUUUCUCCUACAGGCUGUAUGAGAGUGCUUCCAGAUGAGUCAUGAUAUCCUUGGAUCAUUGUGGAUCGGUCACACUGUACCUGAUGUUCUGAUGUUUUUCUCACAUAAAUAAAUUUAUUUAAAUUAC